AUGUACGAGUUGAGAAAUUGGAUCCUACAAGAAGAAGUCAAAACAACAAACGCAACUGUGGACGAGAUAAAAGCAACAUGGAAGACCCCUGGAGUUUCAUUGUUAUCAGAUGGAUGGUCGGAUAUGAGAAAUAGAAGCUUGAUCAACUUCUUAGUGAACAAUCAACAUGGUACAAUUUUCUUAAAAAAAGUUGAUGCAUCAGAUUGUAUCAAGAAUGCCCAAAAAUUAUUUGAGUUACUUGAUGGGGUAAUUGAAGAAAUCGGUGAAGAUGUUGUUAUUCAAGUGGUGACUGAUAAUGCAAGUGCUUACAAAGCCGCUGGAACAUUGCUGAUGGAGAAAAGAAAGAGUUUGUAUUGGACCCCAUGUGCUGCUCAUUGCAUCGACCUGAUGCUUGAGAAAAUUGGGGACUUGACACAGCAAAAAAAUGCCUUGAUAAAAGCAAAAAAGGUUAGCAACUUCAUUUAA